GGUACGGAGCUUCGGUUCCGGUUCCGUUAAGUCGGAACUUCCGAUUACUAUUAUACUUUCGGUUCCGACUCCGGCUCCGACAUUUUUUAAUCGGAGGUGUGAAUCGGAGGUCGAAGCAUAGAUAGCGGGCGAGUGCGGCGGCGUGUGCCGACCGACUGUUAUGAUUCGACAGGUUCAUACGCGUCGCGCGGGGAAUCGCCCCUCCCCCGACCCGCGCACUCAAUUGUCAAUUAUUUUUUCACUUGUUAACGCACACGACAGCACGACACGUUCAUUGGUUAAAUAGAUAUUUGUUUUGAUUUUUGCGGCUUAUUAUCAAUGAAAGUCAUCUGUUUUUGUGUUGGACAAUGAAACCUAAAUCAAGUUGUAUUUGGAACUACUUCAUUCAAGUUAAUUCGGAUUCGGCAAAGUGUAAACUGUGUAUGAAGACGUAUUCAAGAAAGGGAGGUACGACAACGUCUUUAAAAAGCCAUUUGAAGUCUGUCCAUGCCACUGAAUAUGAAGAAUUAAUAAAGUUAGAAACUGAAAAAAAAAAUACUGUAAGUGUACAGCCUUCGACUUCGACGCCCCUUCAGGAUGCUAAAAAACAAAUAACUUUGAAAGAAACUUUGGCGAAGAAUACAAAAUGGUGCACUUCUAAUCCUAAAUCUAUGGAAAUUGACAAAUUGAUUUCUGAAAUGAUUGCUUUGCAAGAUCUACCCUUCAAUUUUGUGGAAGGUAUAGGAUUUCGGCGACUUAUGCAGUUCAUCGUGCCGAAUUAUCACUUAAGGGGAAGACAUUUUUUUACUGAAAAUAUUUGUGGCCAAUUAUAUGAAACAUUAGCAAAACAAAUUAAGGAUUUGCUCACGCAAAUUGAAAAGAUCUCAUUUACAACAGAUAUUUGGACCGAACCAAGUUCGAAUGUGUCUUUAUUGAGUCUGACAGCACAUGGCAUAAAUGGAGAUUUUAGAAGACUCAAAGUUAUUUUAAAAUGCCACACAUUUGACUUAAGACAUACAGGAGACCUAGUUUUAGAAAAUAUUAAGACUAUGUUAAAGGAAUGGGGCGUCGUAAAAGAGAAAAUUCACUGCUUUGUACGCGACUCUGGAUCUAAUAUGAUACGAGCAAUGAAACUCGGCGACAUACCUGAUGUCAGUUGCACUAUACACCAGUUGCAACUGUGUGUACGAACAUUAUUAGAUUGUGAUGAAGACAUUAAAGCCUUAAUAUCGAAAUGCAAAAAAAUUUCGACGCAUUUCAAUCAUUCCCAAAUAGCACGGACUGAACUGCACAAAAUACAAAAGGAACAACUCAACCAAGAAUGUUUGAGUGUAAUACAGGAGUGUAGUACGCGGUGGAACAGUACAUUUUAUAUGUUACAAAGAAUGAUUAGAAUACAAGAUUCUCUAUGCCUGUACGCAUCUAAGCACAACAUCUCUCAAUUGUCUCCUGAAGAAUGGCUGCAGCUUAAAAAAAUAGUGACUAUACUUCAACCUUUUGAAGAAAUUACCCGAAAAAUGAGUGACAAUAACACAAGUAUCUCAUCAGUAAUUCCACUUAUACACACUCUUAAGUAUACAUUACACACUGAAGGCAAUAAACAAGACACAAAUGAAAAAUUUAAAAGUAUAAUAAAAAGUACCGUCGAUCAAUUAAAUUCUAGAUUUAGUGACCUUCAAUCAAACAAUUUCUUUGCAAUAGCAACAUAUUUAGAUCCUCGUUAUAAAACAAAAUUUUUUAAUGAAGUGGCUAAACAGAACAUUGAAACAGAGAUAAUGUCAAUAUUUGAUGCAGCAGAUACUUCUAAAAACGAGGCUGAUAAUAUUGUCGCUCCUGUAGAAAAACGGGCAAGAAUGGAAUUACCAGCAGAAACUAGCCAUAGUAGUAAUGUGCAAUCAGUUUUGUCAAACAUAUUAUUAAGUAGUGAUGAAGAAGACGAUAAUAAUACCACACUUGAUAAAAGUCCAGUUUUUGAUAAAUUUGUCUUCGUAAAAAAUAUACUAAAUGAGUUCAAUAAAGAAAAACGUAUUAGUAUUAGUGAUGAUCCGCUAUUAUGGUGGAAAGUUAAUGGUAAUACCAAAUUCCAGCCCCUGCAAUCAAUUGCUCGUCAAUUUUUGUCUUGUCCACCAAGCUCGGUAGCGAGCGAACAACUUUUUAGUGGCGCUGGCCUAAUCUACGACCCCUUAAGAAACAGAUUAGAGGGAGACAAAGCUUCAAAGCUUUUAUUCGUCAAAUAUAAUACGCUACUUUUAGAGUCAAUUAAUACGAUUUAAUUUUUUUAAAGCUUUUGUUCGUUAGUAUAAUUUAAUUACUAAUUGAUUAGUACAUGCUACUUCGGGUUUAAAUUCAUUCUAUUUAAACUUGUUGUUUAUAUGCCAAUUUUGUUCAUUUUCUAUGUUUUAUCAUAAAACAUAAAACUUUUAUGUUACAACUGA